CGCGGCGCGCGGGAGCGCCUGGAAGGGCGGCACCCGGGGCGCCCGGGGGCCUGGCGGGCCAGCUGGAGCGCUGCGGGCGCGGCUGCUGGAGGACAUGGCGGUGGUGCGGGGCCGCCUGGCGCCCGCCUACCCCGCCGGCCUGGGCGCCUUCGGCGUCUACCUGCGCGGCUACCACAGCGCGCUGGCCGAGUGGCUGGGGACCUCCGCCCGCCGCGGCCUGCCCGCUGGCGAUCCGUACGCGCUGCGUGCACGCACAACCAGGUGUACCCCAGAGAGGUCCUAGGGCUGGUGGACAUGGUCGCCCUGGAGAACGGGGAGCUGGGGCCCCUUCUGUCCCCUGGCACCCUGCGGGGUUUGGAGGAUGAAUGUGUCACAGACGUUAAGGCUCAGACCCGGGCAGCCCUGCUUCGAGUGCUGCAGGAGGACGAGGAGCGCUGGGGGAGCACGGAGGAGCAGCCCAGCAGCCUGGCCCAGGACGUGUGCGAGCUUCUGGAAGAGCACACGGAGCGAGCACCCCGCAUCAGCCAGGAGUUUGGGGAGCGGAUGGCCCACUGCUGCCUGGGGGGGCUGGCGGAGUUCCUGCAGAGCUUCCAGCAACGCGUGGAACGAUUCCAUGAGAACCCAGGAGUCCGGGAGCUGCCACCUGACACCUAUAUCAGCAGGACCAUCGCCCUGGUCAACUGUGGCCCCCCGCUGAGGGCUCUGGCCGAGCGGCUGGCCAGGGUGGGGCCCCCUGAAAGUGAGCCGGCUCGAGAAGCUUCAGCCAGCGCUCUGGACCGCGUGACCCGGCUCUGCCAUCGUGUUCUGGCUGACCUGCUGUUCCAGGAACUGCAGCCACACUUCAACAAGCUGAUGCGCCGGAAGUGGCUGAGCAGCCCAGAGGCCCUGGAUGGCAUCGUGGGCACGCUGGGCGCUCAGGCCCUGGCCCUGCGCCGGAUGCAGGACGAACCUUACCAGGCGCUGGUGGCCGAGCUGCACCGGCGGGCGCUGGUGGAGUACGUGCGGCCCCUGCUCCGCGGGCGCCUGCGCUGCGGCUCGGCGCGGACCCGCAGCCGCGUGGCCGGGAGGCUCCGGGAGGACGCGGCGCAGCUGCAGAGGCUGUUCCGGCGGCUGGAGUCGCAGGCCUCGUGGCUGGACGCCGUGGUGCCCCAUUUGGCCGAAGUCCUGCAGCUGGAAGACACGCCCAGCAUCCAGGUGGAGGUGGGGGUGCUGGUGCGCGACUACCCGGACAUCAGGCGCAAGCACGUGGCGGCCCUCCUCGACAUCCGGGGCCUGCGGAACGCGGCUGCCCGCCAGGAGAUCCUGGCCAUCGCGCGGGACCUGGAGCUCUCUGAGGGGGGAGCCCUGUCGCCCCCUCGGGACCGUGCUUUCUUCGCAGACAUCCCCGUGCCCCGCCCGCCUUUCUGCCUCGGCCUCCCCCUCUUCCUGGGCCGCCUCCCCGUCUCCCGGCUGGCCAGGCCCAACCUGGCCUGUCUGCCCCGGGCCCGGCCGGCGUCCCCCGCGCGGCCCCGGGCCCAGCGCUGAGGCCCGCGCCGCCCCGACUCGGGCGCCCCCAUGUGCUGCUGGCGAGCAUUCCUCGCGCGAGCAUGGCCGCCUCCCGCCGCCGCCGGGCCCGACGCAGAGCCCCGGGAGGGCAAGACCCUGAGAGGUUUUCUCACCCUACCCCAACGUCAGAAGGGAAACGGAGGCCAGAGGGAGCACGGACCUUCCCAAGGCCACGGAGCCGGUUCCCAGCACCCCUCCCGCCGCUGCCCGGUGGGGUAGGUGGCCUUCUGGAAGGCUCUACAGAAACAUCCCGGCGCCGCCCCCCUUUCCCCUCACCUCAAGGUCUGGCCCAAGUCCAGUGUAUUAAGGAAUGUUCGAUACUUAGAAUAAAGAGGUUUCUAUUUAACACAAGGAAGGGCCGAGUCCCGAGUGUGGGGGAGGAAGGGCCGGGCAGGGCCCCGGGCCAAGCGCUGCUCUCACGCCCAAGGCCGGCGGGGCCCCGGCUCCCGGGCAGGGCGGCGGCCGCGCAGGGCCGGAGCCACCGGCGACCCUGUGUGCAGAGACUUGGGCUGUGUGGCUCCGAGGCAGGCCCUUGGCCACUCUGAGCCAGGGGCCCUCACGGUGUCAAUCCCAACGUGCCCGUCCUUUCCCGGGCCUGGCAGUUCCAUCGUGGCCCGCCCGCCCCAUCCAUCUUUAGCCGGGAAGCCGCGUCCAGAGAGGAAGGAGGUUGGGGGCAGGGCCGGCGGCAUCUAGGGCGCCCUCCUGGGUUGACGCAGGAAAAUCUCAGGGUGGGAAAAUUUCCAGCCUCCCUCACCCUCAGCCCCGCCGGAUCCUGGUCCCCACGGAGACCUUGAGGUCAUCCCCCUGCUGACCCCUGCCCCUCCUGCCUGGGCUAGACAGCACAUGAUGGAUGUUUCCUGGCUUGUGGGUGUUUUUUUUUGUUGUUUGUUUUUUGUUGUUUUUCCUGAGAAGUCAGAAAGAGGAGGCAGCCCGGGGUCAGCACUUGUAGCUGGGGUUGGAAUCUCACACGUGUGAACUCAGGGAGGUGGAGGCUCCGGACUCUUGGAGCCUCAGGGCUGUGUGACCCUGGGUAGGAAGCUGCCCCUCUCUGGGCUGUGAUUCCGAUCCUCCCCAGGGGAUUGCUUAACCCCUCUUUGUCUAGGCCCGAGUAAGAUGUCUAGAGGAUGUACCUCCAAAAAAACCCGACACUUUAAUGUCAUUGAUAUGCAAAAGAACAAGGGAAAAGUUGAAGAAUCCUCUGCAACAGUAUGUUUCAGUCUGUAGACAUUUAAUUAAAAUGCAUUAACCUCA